AUGCCCACGACCCGGCCAUCAGAACUUACAUCCCAGGACCUGCGUGCUCCCGUCUCUGCCAUGCACAAUAUGAGCCAGAGCGAAGAGUCCAGGCAUAAUUCAUCCAGAGCCUCUACAGAUACAGCUUACUGCGCCAAUCAGCCACGGGCGAAACCUUCGGGCAGUCUAUUCGGGAGAAAUGUGCAGCAGAAAGAUAUGGUAUCUAAGGGCAUAAUCGACGACCAACAGGCGAGACAACUCUUCACCUCCUUUGAGGCGUUGCGUCUUCGUGAGCCUUUUUGCUUUGGUGUAAUUCUUACAUUGGCUUGCUGUAUAGAUGGUCUGCUGCAGCGUGAACAAUGCGUGGCUGAAAUCAAAGCUCUCGUAGCAGGAACUCUGUUUGAUUGUCGGGCAACCAUUGGUACAGUGCAGGGCAUGAUGCUCCUCGUCAUUUAUGCCGAGAACACCUGGUUCGCCAUUGGUCAUGCUCUGCAGAUGGCCCAGGAUCUCAAGCUUGACCAGUUCUUGUCCGAUCAACAGGUCCUGAACCAACCCGGCGUGUCUGAAAAUAUUGGACAGCAGCGCCGAACGAUGCGGAACGCAAGAGUCUGGCUCGCGCUCUGUCUUAUCGAGAGAGAAGUUGCAAUUGGAACUGCUAGAUCCUGUAGAAUACCCAAAGUUUCAGCUGCCGAUUUGACAUAUCUCACUCACCAAUCGCUGGCUCAUCCACCCAAUAUGAGAUUUGCAUCUCUUGUCGAGGCAGUUCAAGUUCGAGAUGAGUUCUUGUCCGAGAUCACUGCCGCGGGGGAUCUGCAAGAUACUGGCAUACGUCGACUGCAUCACAUGGAGAGCAAGUUUGCAGAGUGGCUUCAAAAUUGGGAUGCGCACCACAGAGAUUACGGCUACGAUAUAUCUUCAUUUCAGAGAACAAGUCUGCGCGGUCAAAAGAAUUACGCCUUAAUCUUUCUCGGAUGCGCUACUAUUAGUAAAUUAAGCGGCAAUCGACAAUUAUCACGAGCUGUGAGGGACUCGAGCGGUGCCUUGUCUGAUACGGUCGAUUUUGUAAUGGCGAUUGCCUUGAAACAAUUGCAAUUAAUCCUGGAAUCAGAGUCGUAUAGGUGGUAUCUCAAAUGGGCAACCAACUAUACAUAUUCAUCAUCUUUGAUGCCAAUGUUUCAUGAGCUAAUCCCUGAAGGCAUAUUUGCACUGGAAAUGUCCAGACACCGGGACGACUUGAAUGCACCUGAGGUUCUUACCACGAUAACGGGGAUUGCUGAAAUCUUAGCUGGUUAUCACGAUCCUUUCUUCUAUCAGCUCAUCCAGGCUCGUCUGUCACAUCACUCUAGCGCAUCAUCGUAUAUAAUACCAGAGCAAAGUAGUCAAAACCAAGCUGAGACCACUUACAACUCGAAGACCAUGUCGGACCGGUAUGUGACUACCAGCGCAACUACUUCUAGUCCACAGUUCCAACUUCCUCACAGCUCUAUGGGACAGUCUCUUCUACCAGAUAUGGAUUUUAGUGGCCAAUCUCCCCUCAGUCAACUAUUAGAAACGCCUGACUGGAUGAUGAACCCCUCGUCUAUGCUUGUGUUUGAUGUGGACGACUGGCAAAACAAUGAUACUUUGGGCGCUGGUUAUUAA